CAUACCGAAUAGCAGGAUGCACCAAAAUGGUGGCCACGUACAAUUAUUUCAACAGUUUGCCCUAAGGCUGUUAGGUAUACUGCUUCAUUGGUUUUUCCUUUCUCUAGUAGUCACUUUAUGAACCUAAAAGUUUCCUUUGGCAUUCCUGCGGUUAACGAAGCGUGAUUUGGCUGGUUGUUUACCAUGUUGGCAACUGUCAAAAAGCGUUAAUAACUUGCAGCUUAUUUCAGGAAGCAUUAACAUUCGUUAGUUCGAGGGGUAGAAAUGAUUCAACCGGAAAAUUUGGCACGAUUAGGAAAACAUUUUUUGUGCUAGUGUCAAGAGUCUGGAAUCUAAACUCGAUUUCAAGCAUAUUAAGUGUUCUAAUUGAGCUUGAGUUCCUGCAGUUUUAAUAUUUUGUUGUUUUUUUAAGGAAUAUAUAUAUAUUAUAUAUUUGUACGCAAUCUAAAAAAGAAAGUUUUUUGGGUAACCGUAUUAUACCAGCAGUAGCACAAUCCAUCCAGAAAUGUGUUGGGGCUUGUUAUCGGUUUAGCAUUGGGCGUUUUCACACAACGCGUAAUACAUUAGAAUAUUAGAUCAUUCUCUCCAUUAAUCGGCGGGGAUCAACGGUAUCUAUAUUCCCGUCGGAAAGUAAUGGGUCUUCGGUGUAAAUAUACGCGCAAAACCAAUACGGCAAACGAACUGUUAUCUAGUAUUAUAUAUAUCGUUGUUCUUAGUAUUAUCUCUUAAUCGCUUAUAGCUAAUUUAGGUAACGCUUUUUUAAAUAAUUAACCGCGGCAACCACUACAAAUGUAAGCAUAGUACUGUUCACCACCAAGCUAUACGUGUAUGAUGUAUUGCUCAGUGCUGUUCAUCCAUACGUUGAACUAACGCAGGAAACGAAUUAGUCUUGUCUCCAUCCUGCCAAAGCGACAGUUGUGAGAAACUGUCAAGUACAAUUAACGCAUUGCUGUAAAUCCCUUGUAAUAGGAAUGAGUUGCUUGUUAAGUUCGGUGGCACAUAAAGCUGUAUAAACCUGUUUUUAUCUGCAGGACAGUGUUGAAGGUACAUUUAUUGCCGCAGUACUAGACUUAGGUAUUUAUAUUAAAUUGCUUGGUAAUUGGAUAACUGUUUAGAAAUGAGAAAAACAAAAGACGUUCGAAAACUUGAGGAUUGUGUAAUAGGUGGGAAUGCAAUCGUAGUUCCGUAUGACCAAAGGUUCGAAAAAGACGAGAAAGACGACCCGCAAUAUGAAGCGGAUGAAUUGCCUAAAGGUAUACAUCACGGUGCUCACAAAGAUCUAACCGGUAAAGAUACUUUUCAAAACCAAGUAAACCGUGACGACAUUUCAAAUAGAGUGUCACAUUCUUUAAAUGAUGCAAAAUCGCCAAAGCCUUUGAAGUUAAAGUUUUUCAUCUGUAAGGAAUGCGGUAAAGUGUUUAAAAGGAGAUACAGACUUACUAAUCACAUUGAGAGCAUUCACAGAGGGAAGAAGAAGUAUCACUGUGACGUAUGUGAUUUUAAAACCGCCUACAGGCUCUCGUUGCAACAGCAUAAGCGACUGCACACAAAAGAGAAGCCACACAUUUGCAAGUACUGUGAUAAACCGUUCACUACUGGCUCCAUGCUAAUUGAGCAUCUACGCAUGCAUACCAACACGAAACCGCAUAAGUGUAAGUGGUGUUCGAAACGUUUUACUGCAAAAUCAAACUACAACAAACAUAUUCAGACCGCAUAUGAAGCGGAUGAAUUGCCUAAAGGUAUACAUCACGGUGCUCACAAAGAUCUAACCGGUAAAGAUACUUUUCAAAACCAAGUAAACCGUGACGACAUUUCAAAUAGAGUGUCACAUUCUUUAAAUGAUGCAAAAUCGCCAAAGCCUUUGAAGUUAAAGUUUUUCAUCUGUAAGGAAUGCGGUAAAGUGUUUAAAAGGAGAUACAGACUUACUAAUCACAUUGAGAGCAUUCACAGAGGGAAGAAGAAGUAUCACUGUGACGUAUGUGAUUUUAAAACCGCCUACAGGCUCUCGUUGCAACAGCAUAAGCGACUGCACACAAAAGAGAAGCCACACAUUUGCAAGUACUGUGAUAAACCGUUCACUACUGGCUCCAUGCUAAUUGAGCAUCUACGCAUGCAUACCAACACGAAACCGCAUAAGUGUAAGUGGUGUUCGAAACGUUUUACUGCAAAAUCAAACUACAACAAACAUAUUCGCAUACACUCGCUUGAAAGGCCAUUUAGUUGCACUGAGUGUGGCAAAACGUUUAACCACUCUACGCACAGAAACAGGCACAUGAAGAGCGUGCAUUUAACCAGUGAUAAUCAUUCAAAAGUGAUUUGUAUGAUAUGCGAUAAAGUGUUGGCUCGAAAAGACCACCUUGUAAGCCACCUAAAACGUGUUCAUUACGGCAUGCCGACGAAGUUCGAAUGUGAUGUUUGUGGAAAAGCUUACUCUAGGGCGAGUGACAUGCGCCGGCAUCGACGGUUGAUGCAUUGAUCAGCAUUGUUGAGUUUCUUUUGAUUUUAAGUUGUGUUGUGCAGUGGAUACAUUUACAAUAAAAGUUCUAAUGGAUAUGGUC